ACCGAGCUGAAGAAUCCAAAUCUCGCUUGCGUUUUAGGUGUGGUGUCUCCGUCACCGGCACAGGCGGGCGUGAUGGCGGACUGGAACGGGAUCCCGGCGCGGGAGCGGCGACUGAUGGAGGAGAUCCUGCAGCUCGACGCGGAGGAGCUGAACGUCGAGGUGGUCGACGACGAUGACGAGGAGGAUGAGGAGGGCGGCGACGACGACGAGGACGACUCCGUCGAAGCCUUCCUCAGAGAUAACGAUGGGGAUGCAGUUGCUAGCACCUCCCGACCUUUCACAUUCAAUACAUCUCUAGCCUCACUGCACACCUAUCUUGGUGAGGUUGAUGAUACACGGGGUAGAGUUUCACUCUUGGAUGGUGGUGCAAUCCUGAACUUACCAAUUUUCUAUCUUCAAGGUGUUGUUCUGUUUCCAGGAGCUACCCUUCCUCUGAGAGUAAUUCAGUCUAGAUUAGUAGUUGCUAUUGACAAAGCUUUGAAACAGGUCGACGCUCCAUGCACAAUUGGUGUGGUUCUCAUGUAUCGACACCCAAAUCAUCGACAUUAUACUACCGCUUCGGUUGGAACAACAGCAGAGAUACGUCAACUUGGAAGGUUGGAUGAUGGUUCAUUAAAUGUUGUUGCCCGUGGUCAGCAACGAUUUCGUCUGAGGAGGCAUUGGAUUGAUGUUGAUCGGGUGGUAUGGGGUGAAGUCCAAAUCAUUGAAGAGGAUACUCCUUUGAGAACUCCAAGGGAUGCAUUUGCACAGCUAGCUGCAUGUAAUAGCUUCAAGCCACACACUUGUUCACCCAUUAUCAGUUUGGAUAUGUCUCCAAUCAAACAACAGGAUCAUAUGGAUUCAGAACCAGAAUGUGAUACUCCAUCACCUCAAAGUAAUACAAGCAAUCAUUCAUCAAUGGAUACAAGGAUGUGCCAUCUAGGUUCACUGUCAAGUGACUCGAUUAAAUCCUCAGAUGAAGAUGGAGAUUUCAUGCACGAGCAGUUUUGGAGACGGAAGUUAAAACAUGUGAAGGGAAGUGGCACAUCAGGUCAGUCAGACAAAAAUACCAACAUGGGCAAUGAGGAUGGUCUUGACUUGACAUCUCUUGAAUCCUUGCCAACAGCAAGAACAAGAGAUACUAAGUUGCGGCGGCAGUACCAGGCUGCUGGUUACUCAAAGCAGGCUUUUCAGGCACCAUUAUCAUUUUGGCCUCGGUGGGCUUAUGAAAUGUAUGACUCAUAUACACUUGCUCGUAGGGCUGCAGAUUUAUGGAGACAGAUAAUUGCAAACCCAACCAUGGAUGAUCAUGUAAGAAAGCCAGACAUUUUGUCAUUUCACAUUGGAAGCAAACUUCCUGUCUCAGAAUUUGUGAGACAAAAACUGCUGGAGAUUGAUGGAAUUUCGUAUCGCCUACAGAAGGAAAUUCAACUUCUUAAGGCCUUUAAUCUUAUUAAAUGCAGAAACUGCCAGUCUCUUAUAGCAAAACGCAGUGACAUGGUGGUGAUGUCUACUGAUGGGCCUCUCGGUGCCUAUGUCAACCCUUAUGGUUGUGUCCAUGAGACGAUAACAGUCAGCAAUGCAACUGGGCUCGCUCUCGUUGGCAAUCCUUCAAAGGUUCACAGCUGGUUUCCAGGGUACUCGUGGACGAUUGCAUCAUGCUCGGCCUGCGAGUCCCACAUAGGCUGGCUAUUCAAAGCCACGAAGAAAAAUCUGCGACCGAAAUCCUUUUGGGGGAUCCGCAGCUCACAGAUCGCAGAUGAUGCACAGGUAGAUCAGAACGAGUGAUGCUCCAAAGCCUCCAUGUAUACACAGACUAUAGUAGUAGUGAACUACUAAACUAUGUAUGACUUGUUGAUCCCUCUGUGCGUCUUCCCUUCAUCACCGGUCCAUACGCCCCACAGUACCUGCCUUUUAUCUCCUGGUAUAAUUAAAUAGUGGCAGAAAUAAUCAGUCUCAGGUGUGUUGUAUUGCAGAAUCCUUUUUUCCUUAAAGAAAAAUCACUUUCAUAAUUUGCA